GGUUGCUAUGGUAACAGUCUUUAAACUCAGUUGCUAUGACAACCAUUGUCCACAGCCUCCUUUUGAUGCAUGUUGUACAAAUUAAUCAAGGUUUAUUUUUAAAAAGUAUAUAAACGCAGAGUGCUUUCUUUCAUUUUUUUUAGCUUUUUUAAAAUACCAUUUUUUAAAAAAAAAGAAUAAUGUCACGAAUUCUUUCAAAAAACCGUCGCAGCACUUCAAAAAAGACCUCAUCAACAAAGGAUCAAGUAACUUUAACAAUAUUCUCCAAAAUCAGCGUAUCUGAUUUAUAUUUUUAAUAGACUCGUACAAUGAGCAAAUACUCGGCCAAAAAAAGAUCUACUCGUGCUGGUGGCAGAAAAUCGUCUGUUCGUGUUGCUGCCGAAAGAGAAGUAGGUGGACGUAUAAUGGAUAUUUCUGAUUUCAAGAUACAGUCUGGUGAAAGACAUUAUUUGGUUCAACGCGAAGGAAGCACUGAUGCUAGAUGGGAAACGGAGGAAUCGAUCGAGUCUUUGGAUAUCUUAUCUGCAUAUCAGGAAAGAGUUCUUCAGGAAUCAGGCUAUAGUAUCCGAGAAAGCCAGAGGGUUGGCUCAUCUCGUAUUUCCAAAGUCCGCGCAGUCAUGGCUUUGAAGCGACCAGAAUAUGUGCAAGCAAUUGAUGAUAGUGAUGAUGAGGACCCUGUUGGCAACAAAAAAAGUGGCGCUAAACGCAGAAAGUCAUCAACAGAUGGUAGGACUAGCGCUAAAAAAGGCAAGUCUGGUGGCGGUCGCAUGUCAAAAGCCGCUUUACGUUCUGAAGCUCAGGCACUCGAAAGGGCAUCCAGAAAGGCUCAAAGGGAAUCAAUGAAUGUUGAUGAAAUCAUGGAAGAUGUGCAUUCUAUUCAUCGUAAAGAUUGUUGUUUGGCUUGUGCUUCUCGCUGUUUUAAAGAAUAUCUUGAACGUGACGAUCUCAAUGCUUUUGAAGUUGCUUUUGAUGAUACGGAGCAUAUUCCCAAACCGAAUACGGAUAUGCCGAAUUAUAUGGAUAUAUUUAAAUACUCUAUUGCCACCGGAAAAGAAAAGUUUACUCGCUUGAUCAAGCAGAAACAGGAAGAUCCCAAGUUAAAUUCUGCUACGCGGCCCACAGUUCCUACAAAGUAUACACGUCAUUCUCUUAGUACCGGAAACAACUACGGAAAGGGUGCGUACGGAAGAAUGUCUUACAGACAAGUCGAGGUAUCAAGAGGAAAUAGACAAGGUGAUACUGCAUUCUACCAUGGAUACAAUACUUCCACCGAGCUCUUGUCAAUUCACUCUAAGUUGGACAUAAAAUCUUAUCGUUCCAAGUUGCAUGUCUUUAUGCCUUAUCUUUCGAGUCCAAUUUUGAGUCAGCCUAACGCUAUUCAAAACCUCAAGGCUCAUACUGAAACUGGCCCCGCUGAAGUUUACUAUGCAGUGGAGUCAGGCAAUAGACAGCUAGCAUCUGCGCUGAUGGACUCGGAUUUUCAUGGAAAGACUCCUUUCAAUACGGUUCAUAUUGAAACUCUAAAGGUAAAUACACAAUGUUUCAUCCAGUGACUCUUCUAAACAACCUGUACUUUUAGUUUAUCAACG